CGUAUCUGUCUGUUUUGGUUGAGUCACCUCUGACCAUGCCUUAGCUACUGAUGCCUUACUGAGUGACUAUAGGCAGAAAACAAACUAGCAUCAUGCAAACUAACAGAUAAUUCUUGCGACAAACUAAGGACUUAUUUGAGUAUUUUUGUGCUUACAAAUAUUUAAUCUUACAAAGGUUUGGCGGUGUAACGAACGAUUCGUCAAAAUGAUGAAGGAGGAAGAAAUGGAUAGGUUCCAAGUACCCCCAGUUACAGAGGCAGAGACACAGCCCUUGCAGGACCCAGCAGCAUCCUCCACCUCUGAGGCCAACUCCGACAUGAGAGAAGGUGAAACGGUGGCCAUGAACUACAAGCCCUCCCCACUGCAAGUGAAAAUAGAGAAACAGAGAGAGCUGGCCAGGAAGGGAUCAGUAAAGAAAGGCACCGUGGGGAGCCCCAUCAACCACCAACCCAAGAAGAACAACGUCAUGGCCAGAACACGUUUGGUGGUGCCAAACAAAGGCUACUCCUCUUUAGACCAGACUAGCCCGGAUGAGAAGCCCCUGGUAACGCUGGACACAGACAGUGACGAUGACUUUGACAUGUCCAGAUACUCUUCGUCUGGAUACUCCUCAGCCGAGGUGAGAUGUCUGAGGUACCAGCAGGUCAACCAGGACCUCAACAUCCAGCUCCUGAAGGACGGUUACAGGCUGGAUGAAAUCCCUGACGACGAGGAUCUGGAUCUGAUCCCGCCCAAAUCAGUCAAUCCCACCUGCAUAUGCUGCCAAGCCACCUCCUCCUCAGCCUGCCAGAUCCAAUAGCACCUCCCAUAAAAUAUGCCAUGACUCUGCCCCCUGCAGUGAGCUCACCUCACCACUGGGGCGGCGACAGGGAGAAAGAGUGCAACGAUCGGAGGGGGAGAAAAAAACAGAAGAAUAGGUCUAUUGGAAUUAGUGUGGAUAUGAAAGGGUGAAAAUGCACAAAAGAUGUACUAAGAGUAAUUGGUUCCUCCUAUGGUAGGACAUGUGUCUAUUACGUUCCAGUGAGGUACUAGGGUAUUUUUGUCUGAGGAGUAUUAAGAGGCAGCUUUACCCUGUCUCAUCUUGGAAUAAAACACAAGGGCAAAAGAAGGACUCAAGAAUGCAGUGUGUCCAAGAUGGCCUGUUGUGGAAUAGAUCUUCACCUUUGCAUGUCCUCCUGAAAGUCUUUGUUUCAGUUACGGUCCAUAUGGAGGGAUUAACAGUGAAUGUACUGUGAGCAUGGAAAAAUAACAAACAUUUGAUUGAACAGAA